CGAGCGAGCGCAGGACCCGCGGCUCGGCCCGCGGCCGCCGCCGGACCGGGAGCCGGGCCGCCGUCGCCAGCCCAGCCCGCGGGCCUCAGGACCGCCGGGGCCCGGCCGCCGGCCGGGCGUGCGCCAAGUUCAGCCGCCACCGGCACAGCCAGGCCAGCAUGGUGGACCACUUGCUUCCAGUGGACGAGACAUUCUCGGCGCUGAAAUGCCCAGUUGGUUAUCUGGGCAGUAGGCUGGCCGGUGGCCGAGCGUACCACAUGCUGCCCUCACCCCUCUCAGAGGACGACAGCGACGCCUCCAGCCUCUGCUCCUGCGCCAGCCCUGACUCGCAAGUCCUCUGCUCCUGCUACAGCGGUGGCCCGAGCCCUGAAGGCCAGGACAGCAUCUUGGACUUUCUGCUGUCCCAGGCCACGCUGGGUGGUGGUGGCGGCAUUGGGGCCAGCAGUGGCCCCGCGGCCUGGGGGGCCUGCUGGAGGGCUCCAGCGCCUGUGAAGGGGGAGCAUUUCUGCUUCUCUGAGUUUCCUGUGGGCGACCCCGAUGAUGUUCCGAGGCCCUUUCAGCCCACCCUGGAGGAGAUUGAAGAGUUUCUGGAGGAGAACAUGGAGCCGCGGGUCAAGGAGGCCCCAGAGAGCAACAGCAAGGACUUGGAGGCCUGUGGCCAGCUCUCGGCCGGGCCGCACAGGAGCCACCUCCAUCCUGGGCCCGGGAGAGAGCGCUGUGCUGCCCCACCAGGUGGUGCUGGGGCAGGUGGCAGCCAGGGCCCAGGUGGGGGGCCGGCACCUGACGGCCCCAUCCCUGUGCUGCUGCAGAUCCAGCCUGUGCAGGUGAAGCAGGAAUCGGGCACGGAGCCCGCCUCCCCUGGGCAGGCCCAGGAGAGUGUCAAGGUGGCCCAGUUCCUGGUCAACAUCCAGGGGCAGACCUUCGCGCUCGUGCCCCAGGUAGUGCCCUCCUCCAACUUGAACCUGCCCUCCAAGUUCGUGCGCAUCGCCCCCGUGCCCAUCGCCGCCAAGCCUAUUGGGUCGGGAGCCCUGGGCCCCGGCCCCACUGGCCUCCUCAUGGGCCAGAAGUUCCCUAAGAACCCAGCAGCAGAACUCAUCAAAAUGCACAAAUGUACUUUCCCCGGCUGCAGCAAGAUGUAUACCAAAAGCAGCCACCUCAAGGCCCACCUGCGCCGGCACACGGGCGAGAAGCCCUUCGCCUGCACCUGGCCGGGCUGCGGCUGGAGGUUCUCCCGCUCGGACGAGCUGUCGCGGCACCGGCGCUCGCACUCGGGCGUGAAGCCCUACCAGUGCCCCGUGUGCGAGAAGAAGUUCGCGCGGAGCGACCACCUCUCCAAGCACGUCAAGGUGCACCGCUUCCCCCGGGGCCGCUCGGGGCGCACCGGGAACUGAGAGCCCCGCCCGCCCGCCCCGUGCUUCUGUAGCAAUAAUUUAUUUGCCUCCUUCAGAGGACGUGACGAUGUCACCAAGCCACCUUCUGAAGCCCGGGGGGCAGGAAGACAGGGCCUUGCCUGGGAGGCGUGGAUGCAGAGCCCCCACCCGCUGCCUGUCCCGGGAAGACCCGGAGCGCCGGCGCCCCGGGGCUGGGGAGGCCGGCCCGCUGCCUUCCUGCCUUGCCUUCGCGGCAGCGGCUGCUGGGGCCUGGCUCUUCUCCCACUGGGCUCCCCACCUGGGCCAAGGCCAGCACUUUAUUGCUCGGAAAGAAGAAAUGUGUGGUUUUGAAAUGUCAGUUCCCAGAGGGAGCCAUGCUGGGAAGAAGGAAGUAGGCCAGAAGUCUAGGGCUGCACUGUGAUGGGAGGGUGGCCCUGUCCACGAUGCCUGGGUGGGCCUGACUGCCCGAAGGUGUGGCUGGGUGGUCAGGGGCUGCAGGACCUGGCCUCCCGGUGGGUGCAAAAUUGGAGUGAAAAGCCCCUUUUCUGGGGGGGCUGGCAGUGCAUGUGCUCAAGUUGAAAUGUGCUGGGCAGAGCGACAUGCAUGCUAGCCCAGAGCGUCUGCACACAGCGUGGCCCAUCCCUCAUCCUACUUCCAAACAAAUCCAGACACCAGCCUCCAGGUCACCUUCGGGGGAGAGGAGAGCAGGCUGCGUUGUGUGUAGAAGAACUAGAUAGAACCUCCCAGUCCUGAUUUAGAAAUGCAUUCCUUAUUUUGUCUAGAAAUUAAUAUCAAAUGAACUAGCUUGUUUUGGCAGGUUUAUUUCACAUCCUAUGAAUGUAUGUAAAUAAACUGUACAUAGGUACAUCAACGUGAAAUAUCUUUUAAUAACAUACCAACAUUUGUGUAAAUUUGAAAUUAAAAAUCUAUAAAGCUGGUGUACAUAUGUUACAAUUAUAUAUAUUUUCUUUGGUCCUUCAUAAAAAUAUAUUUACUUUGCCAAUAAAAAGAAAAAAGAACUCAAUAACUUGAUGGCAUUCAUUGUGCUGUUUUCCUCUGCUCUGCCAGGAAAUGCAGGUGG